AUACUGUUUCGUGCAGGUGUAGUAAAUAAACUGGUUGUAAAGAUCGUGCAUUCUAUACACAAAAAACGUCUGAUUCUUUAAACAAUGGCUGAUUCUGAUGACGAGCAUAUGUUUGAUGCUCAUCCUGAAGAAGAUGAAGAUGACGAUGAUCAUAUUAGGUCCUUAGAACCAGAACCUGAGACGGAGGAUCCCGAGGCGGUAUUAGCCGAAUGUGUUACUUGUUUCGAAAGCAAGGACUUCAUUAUGGAAUCGAAUGUGUUUCAGCAGCUACAACAAUAUUUUACUGCUGGUGGCUCUCCAGAUACCGCAGUAGACUUAUUAUCUUCUAAUUAUAGUGCUUUAGCUCAAAUGGCUAACUUUUUAGCCGAACUACAAAUUAUGGCCGGUAUUGACAUAAAAGAAGUACAAGAUGUUGUUGAGAAUCAUUUAAAGUCAAUGAUUAUAAAAUAUUUUGAUCCUAAACGAGCUGACUCUAUUUUUACAGAUGAAGGAGAGCCGCCAGCUUGGCUUGCAGAGCUAAUUAAUUACCCGACAUGGAGGCAUUUAGUUUAUGAAUUAGCCGAAGAAUUUCCAGAUUGUUUAAUGUUAAACUUCACAAUAAAACUUAUAUCCGACGCCGGUUAUCAAGGAGAAAUUACUUCUGUUUCAACAGCUUGUCAUCAGAUUGAAGUUUUUUCUCGAGUGCUUAAAACAACCUUGAGUGAAAUUCUAUUAGGAGGAGAAGCAAAAAUGAAAACAAUGCUUUCUGAAUUUGCAAAAAUGAUUUGUCACGGCGAGCAUACUUAUUUAUAUAGUCAAGUUCUUAUGCAAGCUCUGUGCGAUGAUGUUAAAGGGUCGGCAACUAUGAGACGUUUGUGUCAGGAAGUAGAAAAAAUAGCAAAAGAAAGGGGAUACGAUGUAACUCCAAUUUCUUUGGGACUUAGUGGUGCAGCAGUUUAUAAGCAGGCUUGCACAGCACUGUCAAGUAUGCUUUGCAGGAACGCCUUAAAUCCUGCUGAUAUAUCAACGCUCUAUAAAGUUUUUACAAGUUCAGACCCACCACCAGUAUCUUUACUAAGAUCGCCGUCAUUGUUAGGUCUUUUUAUGGAAUCACUUUUUAAACCUGGAGCAAAGGUUAACCCAGAACAUAAAGGAAAAUAUAUUUUUCUAUUAGCUUACGCCAGCACAGUAGCAGAAGUUUGGAGAAGGGUGAGUAAGCCUAUUAUUAAACUUAGACGCCUUUCUUUAUAUAAUUAUGCUGUUCGAUCGUCUUUCGAUACCUAUUAUUUAUCUGUAAAAUGUUAA